AUGGCUCCCGCCCGCCAGCAGCAGGCGCCGCAGUUCAGCAAGGACGAAAAGGUCCUCUGCUUCCACAUGGACAUGCUUUAUGAGGCCAAGGUCAUGGACGUGCAGCCUGGCGACAAGCCCGGCGAUGGCCAUCGCUACAAAGUCCACUACAAGGGCUGGAAAAACACCUGGGACGACUGGGUGCUCGCGGACCGGAUUCGCCCCUUUGACGACGAGCACAAGGAACUGGCCGCCCAGCUUCACGCGCAGGCCAAGAUCAGCCAGCAAAAGAACUCGAAGCAGCCCAAGAAGAUUCCCAAGAGUGGCGGCGAGUCGGCACGCGGCAGCGAGGAACGAGGGUCCGCUGCCUCCCAGGGGGGGGCCAGGGGAGGACGCCGAGGCAAGGAUUGGGAACUGGAGCAGGAGGAUGCCUUCCACAGCAAACCAAUGAUCAACAUCCCGGUCCCUGAUCACGUUCAAGCGAUGCUGGUUGACGAUUGGGAAAACAUCACCAAGAACAAUCAAUUGGUGCCUCUUCCCCAUCCGAAGCCUGUCAACCAGAUUCUGGAGAGCUACUUGGUGCACGAAAAACCGCAUCGGGAGGAAGGCUCGGCCAGCAUGGACAUCCUGGAAGAGGUCAUUGCGGGCCUACGAGAGUAUUUCGAAAAAGCACUGAGCAGGAUACUGCUGUAUCGCUUUGAGCGUCACCAGUACAUGGACGUACGCAAACUAUGGGACAGCAAUACCGAGGAGAACUCGGACUACAGGAGUGUCUGCGAUGUUUACGGCGCUGAGCAUUUGGCUCGGCUAAUCGUUUCGCUGCCUGAACUUCUCGCCCAGACCAACAUGGAUCAGCAGUCGGUGUCGCGCCUGAGGGAGGAGAUUGGCAAGUUCACGGUUUGGCUUUCGCGGAACUGCGAGACGUGCUUCGUCAGCGAGUACGAGACUCCGUCGCAGGAAUACAUUGACAAGGCGCGGAGCUUCUGA